CAGAUGGUUUUGAAGCGCAGCGGCAAGAAAAAAAAGAUAAAUAAAUUAGAAGACAUGUCAGCACGGGAACCAUAAACGCCUGGUAGCAUAACCACCUCUAAAGACUGUACAUCAGCAUCCAAAGCAUACGGACAAAUCAGGUGUUUCUGGAUGUUUGCGUCAAAGUUAGUGAGAAGUUCAUAGAAUAAGUUAGAUUUUGAAAGCCGUGUGCGUUACGACUUAAAGCAAAAUUACAAGUUAUCAAAAUUCCCUUGAAUCCGAGAAAUGGCUCAGAUAACCGAGAAGAGAACGACGAAUGGUCGACCAGGAGGCGCAGGUGCCACCAAGGAGAAUAUGUCGAGCCAUCAGCAGCAGCAGGCGACGCGCGGCAAGGGCAUCGAGAUACUCGACUUCCACGAGUCCUGGCUGGAGGAGGUGGAGAUCUACAAGGACAAAAUGGUCAUGUGCAAGCAGCUGGCCCACCACAAUCACCAGCCCAGUGCGUCACGCAGCGCCCCCGGACCCGGACAUGGCAAACAGCCAGCAGUGCAGCGUAGCUCCGCUGGCGCCAGCUCCAUCUCCGGCAUCAAUCGUACUAUGUCCUCGGUCUCAGCCGCGGCUCGCUCCCCGCCACCGUCGCAGAAACAGCGAACCCCACCGCCAGCGGCACGGCGCCGUUCAGCCAUAGAGAAGGGUUCGUCGGUGUCGACGGCGGCUUCCACAGCCUCAUCUAAGACCACGCAGCGCAUUUUGAUCCGUGGCCCAGCCGCCGCGACCAAGGGCACACCAAUGUCCGUGGCCACGGGCGUACUCCAGUCAGAGCCGUACAAAAAAGUGCAGAUGCUUUUGAAGCGUGCACGAGACGAAGCUUUUGCCAAACACGUUGCCGGCACCAACAGCAACGGCAACAGCAAGCAAGGCGGCGGCAACAGCAACAGCCACUCCUCUUCCGUCUCCGCCACUGGCGGCGGCUCAAAGCUAUCGAGCCUUAGCCCAGCCAGAGUCGAGAAGGGGGUUGAACUGGGGGGCAUCAGCCAUGCCAUCUCGAGCAUAUCCUGCACGAGCACGCAAACCCUGACGCCCGGCAGCAAGAUUGUUGUUAAUACGUUCCAUGGCAGCAGCCUGCUUGCCCAGCAGCAUGACGAGAAGAGCAGAAUUCUAACACAAAAUGGUCUAACCAAAUCUGCAGCCACGGCCCUGGAGACCAGCCUGUACGCCUCCCUCUAUGCCCACUCGCCGCUCAACUCUGGCAGCCAGUACAGCGCCAGCGCCACAUCCCGCAUGAUGUCUGGUGGUGUCGAGCAUGCGGCAUAUGGUGGCGUGUCCCUCAAUAAGGGCAACCACGACAAUAUCCGACUACACGAGGAUGAUCCAUGUGCAGCCAUUGACGACAUCAACAACUACGAUGACUCCGACUCGGAGGAGGAGUAUGUGGGCACACCCUUCUUCCUGGACGAGGACGAAACAGAGACGCAUCAGAGCCGUCACACGCGCCUGCUGCCCGAGAAGAGUGCGUCCAAGGAGUCGAUGGCCACCAUAGACUCGGAGGCUUCGGUGUACUUCAGACCCGAUGCCAUACUCUCGCCGAGUCUCUUUCCCAAUGUGCCGCCGUACCUGAACUUCACCUCGCAUGCGGACAAGGGACCCCCCAUGCCGGCUGCCCUGCAUCGUGUGCUCAAGUGGAAGCUCAGCCCCGUCAUGCCAAAGAUUGUGAAGCGUGUGGUGCUUAAUUCCGGAUUUCGCAUUAUCAAAAAUACCACCGACUGGAUGGCUGUGUGGGAGAAGCACAUGAAGAGUCCUGGCUUCCGCACCAUACGCUCGCAUCAGAAGUACAAUCACAUACCUGGCUCAUUCCGCAUUGGACGCAAGGACACCAUGUGGCGCAGCAUAUAUCAAAAUUUGAAAAAGUUUGGCAAAAAGGAUUUUGGUUUUAUGCAAAAAUCCUAUAUAAUGCCCGAUGAUCUGGAGAAUCUGCGACAGGUCUGGCCAAAGAAUGCCUCAAAGCUGACCAAAUGGAUUGUCAAGCCACCGGCCAGUGCUCGUGGCACUGGCAUUCGCAUUGUCAACAAAUGGAGUCAAUUCCCCAAAGAUCGUCCCCUGGUAGUGCAGAAAUACAUCGAGCGCCCGCUGCUGAUCAAUGACAACAAGUUCGAUAUGCGGCUGUAUGUGGUGCUGACCUCCAUCAAUCCGCUGCGCAUCUACAUGUACAAGGAUGGGCUGGCGCGUUUCGCCUCCGUCAAGUACAGCUCGGAGCUGAGCAACCUGGAUGAGCGUUGCAUGCACCUGACCAACUACAGCAUCAACAAGUUCUCGCAGAACUAUGCCAAGAACGAGGACUUUAAUGCCUGCCAGGGACACAAGUGGACGCUGCAGUCACUCUGGUCCUGCUUGGAGAAUCGUGGCGUCAACACCAAGCGCCUGUGGGCCACGCUGCGCAAUCUGGUGAUCAAGGGCAUCGUCAGCGGAGAGUCGGGCCUGAAUCGCAUGUACCGACAGAACGUGAACUUUCGGUACAACUGCUUUGAGCUGUUUGGGUUCGAUGUGCUGCUGGAUGAGAAUCUGGUGCCGUGGCUGCUGGAGAUCAACAUAUCGCCGUCGCUGCACUCGGAACUGCCGCUGGAUCUGCACGUGAAAGGGCCCCUGAUACAGGCCGUGCUCAAUACGGCUCUGUAUCAGGUGCCGCCCAAGCUGAAUGAACGCCAACAGCAGGAGAUACUCGAGGAGCUGAACAUGAAGGGGCCGCUCUGCCACGACAAGCGCAUCUUCACCACCUGCCUGACCGCCGAGGAGGUGCGCAAGCACAAUCAGUUCACCAAUCGCAGCAUCGAGUUCCGCGAGGAGUAUGUGGACACCAUUCUGGACAACCUACUGCCCGACGAUGUGCGCUGCCUGAUCAUCGCCGAGGACGAGCAGUCCCGCUGCAGGCCCCUCGAACGCAUCUUCCCCACCUCCGGCACGCACAUCUAUCUGCGCUACAUCGAGAAUGCGCGCUACUAUAACCGCCUGCUGGACGCCUGGGAGACCAAGUACUCCAAGAAUCGGGAACUAGGUGUUGCCUUGCUCUCGCGCUACUGCAAGGAUAAGUACCACCUGCAGGUAUCUGAUGCUGCCAUGGAGAAGGAGCCAAAUGUGGCUCUGACCGAGAUCGAUAUGCUGCAUGUGAAAAAGGAUGAUGUCCUGGAUGGAGCCACGACUCUGGCCAGACUCAAUCUCGUGCCCACUGAAGGCAGCGAGUCGGUGCCCAUGGCCCGGAGCCCGGAGGCAUGCAUAGAAAUUAAAUCUUGAGACUGAACGAGCAAGAAAAAACGAAAAGUUUCGGUUUCUUAAUGUUUUUUAUCAAACAUAAAUACGCCUGCAAUACGUUCAAAUUCACGUUGAGAUCCUUUCCAAAUAAAGUUACAUUUUUUUUCCGGUCGU